AUGCCCAUCGCCGACAAACAAGAAACUUGGCUCGAAACAUUCAUCGAUGCCCGAUUUAAACUAUGCGCCGAUACACGCCUCGCCCCGCUUGUAAAAGAGCUGUUUGCAUCAGCAGUGGACACUCGACUCAAGGAAUCUGUCGAUGCUGCCUUGCCAUCGCAUAUCAAGGAGGCUCUCGACAAGGCUCUCGACGAUGCUAUGGUCGAGCAUCAGAACCAGCUGUAUUCGGACUGCAGAGAAGCCGAGGUCGGAAUUCGUGAAAUGGUUGAUGACGCUUCUCUCGAGAUUAAGAUGGCACUUGAAGACAGUCUCAAAGAAAUUGAAGCUCUCGCUGAAGAUCAUCUUCGUAAAAUGGCUGAAGAAUCUGAGACGCUUCUAGGCAAAGCCGACACAGCCGAAAAUGAGCUCGAUUACUUAAGAUCCCGUUUUAUAAAGCUUGCUGAGUCCAUUCUUCAUCGGCAUGAACUAUAUAGUCAGAAGAUAGAGACGGAACAAUCGAGAUGCAGAUCUGUUUGA